AUGAAUUCUGACUCCAGCUCUGUCUCCAGCAGAGCUUCCUCGCCAGACAUGGAUGAGAUGUACCUGAGAGCCCACCACCAAGACAGCCGGCUCAACUCCGUCUCCUCCACCCAGAACGACCUGGUGCAGAAGAUGUCUGGGGAAGGCCUCUCCAGGAAUGGCUCCAAGGCCGGAGGGGAAGGCAGCAAGUACAAAAUUAAGAAGCAGCUCUCGGAGCAGGACCUGCAGCAGCUGCGGCUGAAGAUCAACGGCCGGGAGCGUAAGAGGAUGCAUGACCUCAACCUGGCCAUGGACGGGCUGCGGGAGGUGAUGCCCUAUGCCCACGGACCUUCCGUGAGAAAACUCUCCAAAAUCGCCACGCUCCUGCUCGCCAGAAACUAUAUCCUGAUGCUCACCAGCUCCCUGGAGGAGAUGAAGAGGCUGGUGGGGGAAAUCUACGGGGGGCACCACUCCGCCUUUCACUGCGGCACG